GUUUCCCUUUCUAAAGCAGCGCCAUUCGUUUGGACGCGUCGAGGACUCGCUUCGCGUCGAAGAGAGGCUUCGCCUUCGGGAGGAUAAAAAAAUUCCGGGAGAGACACCUCACUUCUCGCGGGAGGGAAGAGGCGAAGGAUGACGCGAUCAUGAGCGGAUUCUUUCCUACGUAAGCGGAGUGGAACGCUUGGGACGUCGAGCAUGCGAGUAUCAAUCGUCGCCGCUUCGCAAGUUGAUAACAACAACGCACGACAGUCUGACAUUCGACGCUUCAACAAUUACGUUGGAUUCUGAAGGGACAAUUGGCCGAGUUUAGGAUGUCUCUGAGCGCCAGCGCAGAGAAUCUCUCGUCCGAGGGACAACAGAAUAGCGAGAGAUGGAACAUGUGCCUGGAACUGGCACUGGAGGGCGAACGCCUUUGCAAGGCUGGCGACUGCAAGUCUGGCGUAGCAUUCUUCCAGGCAGCGAUUCAAGCUGGCACGGAUGACCUGCGAAUACUGAGUGCGAUCUACAGCCAGCUGGGCAAUGCGUACUUUUAUCUGAGUGACUACGUUAAGGCGAUGCAGUAUCACAAGUUGGAUCUGACACUUGCCAGGAACAUGGGUGACAAACUGGGUGAAGCCAAGUCCAGUGGAAAUUUGGGCAAUACAUUGAAAGUUAUGGGCAAGUUUGACGAAGCCAUGAUAUGCUGCAAGAGGCAUCUAGAGAUCUCCAGAGAGAUUGGAGAUAAGCUUAGCGAGGGAAGAGCUCUGUACAAUUUGGGAAAUGUAUACCAUGCCAAGGGCAAACAGGCAAGUCGAAUAGGUCAUCAGGAUCCAGGAGAGUUUUCUGAAGAUGUUCAGCAGUGCUUACAACAGGCUGUACGCUAUUACGAAGAAAAUUUGGAGUUGGUGAGAGAACUGGAAGAUUCUGCGGCGCAAGGCAGAGCAUGCGGUAACUUGGGCAAUACAUUUUAUUUGUUGGGUGAUUUCCAACAAGCCAUUUACUAUCACAAUGAACGCUUAAAAAUUGCCAGAGAAUUUGGCGACAAGCCGGCUGAGAGAAGAGCCAACAGUAAUCUCGGGAAUUCGCACAUAUUUCUGGGCGACUUCGAGAAAGCUGCGCAACAUUACAAGAGAACUUUAGCUCUUGCACAAGAGUUGGGCGAUCGCGAAGUAGAAGCGCAAGCGUGCUACUCUCUGGGCAACACGUAUACUCUUCUACGCGACUAUUCAGCGGCUAUUGAGUACCAUCUGUGGCAUCUAGGUAUAGCUCAACAAUUAAAAGAUCGCGUUGGCGAAGGACGCGCCUGCUGGUCGCUUGGCAACGCUUAUGCCGCAAUGGGCAAUCAUGAGAAAGCGCUCUACUAUGCGAAUCUGCAUCUACACAUCUCGAAAGAGUUGGAAGAUGAAAUGGGUCAAGCUACCGCGCAGAUGAACAUUGAUGACUUACACAAAAUUCUCGGUCUGGAGAAGAGUCAGCAGGAGAAUAACAAGGAGAAUGUGAACACGCAAAAGCUACCUAUAAACACAACAUCGAACGUCCCAACGACUACACCCUGCAGAUAUAGACUCAGAAGACAAAGCAUGGACAAUCUAGAUCUCAUAAAGCUCACACCUGAUACAAAGCAAAAAGAUAAAUCAGAAAUCGUAUUGGACAAAGGCAACAAUGCUACUUCGCAACCAUCCCAGGAAGAAGAUAACUUUUUCGAUUUACUGUCCCGAUUUCAGUCAGGUAGAAUGGACGAUCAACGUUGUGCGCUCAACACAAAACACAACUCAAAAUACCGAACGACGCCGGAAGUAUCCGAUAUGGAAGAUAAAGACGGCGAGGACUUACUAGAAUUAAUCGCCGGAAUGCAAAGCAAACGGAUGGACGAGCAACGAGUGACGUUACCUUACCUGCCAGGGCUGAAUUCCAAUCAGGAUGCGGACGAUUCCUUUAUCGAAAUGCUCGUCAGAUGUCAGAGUUCGCGUUUGGAGGAUCAACGGAGUCCUUUACCCGCUGCAUCAACCGUGCAGGAUGCUGAAGAAGAGAGGGGUCGACGAGCUAACGGAAACGCUCAAUCGGGCUCCACUGUGCCAGAGGAAGAUCUAUUUGCUCUAAUACAAAGACUUCAAGCCGGACGGAUGGAGGAUCAAAGAGCAUCUGGACCUGGCAAGGCAAAAUGUUAAUUACGCUAAAGCAAACGGUAACUUAUAUCUUCACGACACGUCCCAUUUGUGAUGAAUUUUUUUUGUUUUAUUUACCUACUUUCGAUUAUAUUAUCGAUUCCUCAUUCACUCAUCGUCGCACAAUUCUUAUCUUGCUUACUUAAUGGAAGAAGAUAUUAUCUGAAUAGUCUGGUUCUGAUUCAAAAAGGCAACGACUUAAAAUAUUUCGUUGUAAGAACCAAGCGACACCAAUCUAAACUGCGAAGACAUUCUUUUAAAAUGUUAUAGGAAAAGUAAAAAGAAUCAAAUAGAAAA